CUUCAGGGCCUUGACCCUGACAAUCAUCGACUCGCUCGCGCGCUCAUGGUGGGCUCGUUGCUGAACAUGCCCAGCCUCUGUUAUCUCUCAGGGGACUCUCUGUUGUCGCGGCCCAAGCCCAGCUAUUCUCGCCCUCCCAUGGCCACCAGUGCCCGCAUCGCCAUCGUCGGCGACGUCCAUAAUUAUUGGAAUCUAGAAGAAGAUACAAAAGCACUUCAAUUGCUGCAGCCAGAUUUGGUGCUAUUUACAGGUGAUUUUGGUGAAGAGAAUGUUGAACUUGUUCAAAGUGUAGCAAACCUACAAUUUGCAAAAGCAGUUAUUCUGGGAAACCAUGAUUCGUGGUAUACUCAACAGUUUUCUGGAAAGAGGAAGGAUGGUGUUCAACUUCAGCUAGAAUGUCUUGGAAAAGCCCAUGUAGCAUAUCAAUGUCUGGACUUUCCUCUGGAAAAACUGAGUGUGGUUGGUGGGCGACCAUUCUCUUGUGGAGGAGAGAAGAUGUUUCGGAAAAAGCUUCUGUCCGCAAGAUAUGGAGUUGAAGACAUGGAUGGAAGUGCCAAGAGAAUCUAUCGAGCUGCUUUGCGUGCACCAGAUGAUCAUUUUGUUAUACUUCUUGCACAUAAUGGACCAACAGGUCUUGGUUCCAACUUGGAUGACAUAUGUGGGAAAGACUGGGUGUUUGGAGGUGGUGAUCAUGGUGAUCCAGAUCUAGCACAAGCUAUAUCCCUCUUAAAAGAGACCAGCGGAGUCUCGGUCCCAUUGGUAGUGUUUGGUCACAUGCAUAAAGAGCUAGCACAUGGAAAAGGUCUUCGUAAGAUGAUUGUAGUUGGGACCGAUAACACUAUAUACCUGAAUGGAGCCGUUGUUCCCAGGGUUAGAAGUUUGGUUAAUGAACAAGAACCCAGCAACAAUAGCCUGACAAAUGAUGAACCCCAUCUGCCUACAACAGAGCGCAGAGGCACCAUACGAGCUUUCACUUUAGUUGAAAUUUUGGGCGGAAUAGUGGAUAAGAUCGCUGAAAGUUGGGUUUCAGUUGUUGGGGAGAAGGCUACUUUGGAAGAGGAACACAUUUUAUAUAGAAAGGAGUAAUUAGACAUCUCAAGAAUUGAUUAUGAAGUUUCAGUCAUCUUGUAUCUAUUACCAUUAUAGGUCUUGGAUCAAACUUUGAGUCACACAUUUGCCUCAACUGGAAAACCUAAAUAUACAUAUAUAUAUAUAUAUAUAUAUUUAGUAAAAA